AUGAAGACUUGUGUGCUGAAAGCUGGAUUUAUUGGAGCCUUUUUCAUUUUUAUUUACAUCUUCAUUUACUUCUCUGCAAGUUGGAGGUCAAACUCCUCUUCUCACUCCUCUUCUGAUGGAUUCAAGGAUCAAGAAGUUGUGAAGAGGAAACUUGACAGGAUAGAACACACCCUAAACAAGCUAAGUGAGUUCAAUGUCAAAAACAACCUACGAGAUGUAAAGGAGUGUCUAUAAAUAUAAUAGCGAGGUAACUUGUGAAAAGUGAUAAGAGGAACCAGUUUGUUGAGAUAUCUUGCACAUGAAAGACCCACUUAGCUGAGAGAGUUUAAGUUUAAACAGAAAGCCUUAAUAAAAUGUAAAUUAAAUAUGUAAACUGUCUUUCCCAGAAAGCCUCAUCCACCAUUUAGCACGUCCAUGUUGUUGAGUUUUAGUGCAAUGAUUUAAAUCUGGGGGAGUCCUCUCUGGACAUUUCUGAUCAUUUUAGGACAGCCUGUGUCCUCUUUUAACUGCUGAAGGUGGUGGACUACAAGUUGCUUCAGAUUGUAUUCAGAUUAAAGGCACUGUGUGGAGUUUUCACGAUCAUUUUGUUGAUCAACAAGCACCAUCUCCCACAGUCACCCACUCAAAUAGGCAAAUGAAUGAAGUACAGACCCCAAUUCCAGUGCAGUUGGAACAUUGUGUGAAAUGUGAAUUAAAAACAGAAUACAAUGAUUUGCAAAUCCAUUUACUCAAUUGAAUACACGACAAAGACAAGAUAUUUGAUGUUCAAACUGAUAAACUUUAUUGUUUUUUGCUAAUUUUCAAUCAUUUUGAAUUUGAUGCCUGCGAUAUGUUCUCGAAAAGCUGGGAUAGUGUCAUGUUUACCUCUGUGUAUCAUUUUGCACUUUAUAAUAGGCUACAUAUUUUCAAUGGGAGACAGGUCAGGACAGACAGGCCAGUAUAGUCCCUACCCUCUUUGAUAAAGUCACGCUGUUGUCUUGAUUUUGUCUUGCCGUAAUAAGCAGAGACGUCCCUGAAACAGACAUGGCUUAGAUGACAGCAUAUGAUGCUCCUAAACCUGUGUGUACCUUUCACCUGUACCUUUAACUGUUGGACUAUUUGCUCACGCAGUUGUUGACAAAGUGACAAACCUUGCCCCAUCCUUGCUUGUGAACGAUGCUUCUUUUAUACCCAAUCAUGAUACUCACUUGUUUCCAAUAAACCUGUUCACCUCAGAAAAAGAUCCAAACAGGUGUUUUUGAGCAGUCCCCAAUUUUUCCAGUCUUUUGUUGAACCUCUCCCAGCCUUUUUGGGAUUGGGGUUUGUACAAUCCAAGAUUGCCUACUGCCCAGACAAAGUUAGCACCCCUACCAGAUAUAAAGUAUUGAAAAACCUAGAGCUCAAAAUAACAAAUAGAAAGAGGCAAAAAAAAAUUUCUAGUGAAUUAAAUUGAUGAUCUCCAUUGUCAAUCCCAUCUAUCUUUUUAUGAACAUUUCCUUCAAAGCAAAGCUAAUCCAAGAACCUCAUCAGAAGAGCGCCUCCGAAGAACUUUUAACAAAUGUGGGCGCAGAAAAAGAGAAGGUUGUUUUCCCCAAGUUAUAUCCACACUCCAUCCUGUUUGCUAAAUGGGGCGAUGGCCUGUCGGAGGGGGAACAAAAGGAGGCUGAAGCUCUGUUUCAUCUUUACGGAUACAACGCCUUCCUGAGCAAUCAGCUGCCAUUAGACAGGAGCGUUCCUGAUACAAGAGACAGCAGGUAACCUUUUGACCAGACGGCCACCACAGAUGACAAUGAGCUAAGAAUUACCCGUGAUUUUACAUCUUUCUCACAUCAUAACAGGUGUCAAACAAGGAAGUACUCAAAGGACCUGCCGAGCAUCAGCGUGGUGCUGAUCUACGUAAACGAAGCUCUUUCUGUCAUUAAAAGAGCAGUAAGAAGUAUCAUCAACAGAACACCAAAGCGCCUGCUAAAGGAGAUUAUUCUGGUCGAUGACUGCAGCACAUACAGUAAGUUUAACCAUGUAUUCUGACAAACAUCUCUCCUAACCUCAAGGAAAAAGCACUUACUACCACUCAGCAUCACUACAUUUUCAAAGCUUUUUCAAUGAUUUGUAUGGCUUUCAUAGUCAUCCAUACCCCUUAAUCUAUAGAUUUAACUGCGAUCUACAUUUUCAGAUGACCUCGGACAACCUCUAGAAGACUACAUCAGUCAGAUUAACAAGGAGCAGCCUGGACUAGUUAAGAAAAUCCGACAUUUGCAUCAAAUGGGCCUGUCCCAGUCCAGGCUCACGGGUUGGGAGCACGCUACAGCAGAUGUUGUUGCCAUAUUAGACGCCCAUAUCGAAGUCGCAGAAGGAUGGUACGUAAAGUUGAGUUUAGAGUAUACUAUUUAAAUUUCAUCUCACCCUUGAUAACCUUUCUUCUUCCUCUUCUCUUCCCUUAUUGUCUUGUCAAAACUGUCAGUAAUGUCUCAGGCUCACAAACAGGGCUUAUGCACUACCAGCAGAGGUGGAAAAGUUGAUGACAAAUAGAACCCAGUUAACUGUUAAUCUUCAAAACAAAGACAUAUACUUCCUUAAAAGUUAAGGAUGGCUUAUCCUCUGAGAUUACCUGGCCCUCACUAUGAGAUUUAAUCCAAACGCAUCAUAAAAAUCCACCGAUUACUUCCAGUCUUUCAAAGUCAAAUUGUCUGUGAUUAGUCCUCUUUCUCAAAUUCACAUCUUAACUGGAGGUCAGCUCAACUCAGUCUAAACCUUCAUUGUUGCACCAGGUCCUGCAAUGAAAGUCAAGUAAUAUCUUUCAAAUUGUCUUCUUCCUAUGUCUGGCAUGAUUACACAAAGACGAUACGUCAGCAGUGGGAUUAUGCUGUGAAAACAUCAUCAUUAUUAUCACAGUUAUCACAUUGUCAAGAUCAGUGCCGCCUUUAAAUGCCCUGAGGGACUAUCCACAGUGCCAGUGAUAAUACAGAAGAAAAUAAACAAAUGGUUGCAACAGUACCGCUUUUAAUGACCUCCUCUUGAGGUGAUUAUGCUGUUCCUCUCCGGUUUCCUCUCCAGGGCAGAACCUUUGCUGGACAGGAUCAGAGCUGACAGGACGGUUGUGGUGUCUCCUGUGUUUGAUAAGGUCCAUUAUGACGAUCUUCACGUGGAGGGAUAUAUCUCAGCCUCCCAUGGCUUUGACUGGGCUUUGUGGUGCAUGUAUGAAAGCUUUGACCAAGACUGGUAUAAGAUGGAGGACGACUCUCAGCCGGGGAAGUAUGUAAAACUUUCUCCUCAGGGUUUGGUUAAACCUUUAGUCCUUUGAGAUUGCAUAAAGUUUUAUUGCCACAUUUGUAUAUUCAGACUUUUGAAGUAGUGCUUUAAAUCCUGCGACAUUCAUCCCAUGAUUCAUCCUAAUCUCAGUUAUGUUUACACUUAAUCUGUUGGUUUGCAGGGAUGCACAACAUCCUGAAAUAUAUGCAGAUACACUAGUUACAGACAAAACUAUGAUUGCCUUGAUGUGGUGAUCCGAAAUAUGAAAAACGUCUCAUCUUACCCCACUCUCCCCUACUAAGACAUUGACUAUCAAAGGCCUGUGUUUCCCAGGAGCCCCUCUGUCAUGGGAAUUUUUGCAGCAGACAGAAACUUCCUUGGAGAAAUUGGUGGGCUUGAUGGAGGGAUGACAGUUUACGGAGGAGAAAAUGUUGAACUUGGGAUCCGUGUGAGUACCAAAAAGCAGUUAUCUUACCGUGAUGCAUUGUUAAAAUUGUUAAUAGUUGAAGAUCUGCAACCCUACCAAUCACCACUGGAUUUCUGCCCGCAGGUGUGGCUGUGUGGAGGCAGUGUGGAGGUGGUGCCUUGCUCAAGAGUGGCUCACAUUGAGAGAGUGUUUAAACCGUAUGCACCUGAUCUGGACUCUGCCAUGAGGAGAAAUGCCUUGAGGGCUGCAGAAAUCUGGCUGGAUGACUACAAGAAGAACGUGCUUGUUGCCUGGAACCUUCCUCUAAAGGUCUGAGGUGGCCCCUAGAAGUGAUUUUGAACCUAUGCAGUGGUCUCCACUACAGAGUCAUAUUUGUUUUUAAUGUGGGUGGAGAUUUAGGGUCCUAGUUAAGGGCAUUUAGGCUUAAGGUCCUUACACACCAGGGCUGACGCAAAUAAAGAAUGUGAAAUUACGUAAUAUUUGGAGGAGAAUUUUGACGCGCCUGACUGUACACAUCAAGCCCGAUGUGAUUUUGCGACUUUCUGGGGGGAAAAAAGACGCGUCCCGGGUGGAAACGAGAAGACUGACACAACAGCAGACUGAGUGUUUUUCAGUUCUGAUUAGACACUAGUGUUGAGAUGGCUUUCUGUCAUGAUAGCAUGUACUGAGUCGGGGCCAGUACCAGAUAAGCACAUGAAACUAUAAUCCAUAAACAUAAGGAAACAACCGAGACCUAAUGGUGCUGUGACAGCAACAUAAUUAAGUGGAAAUGCUGAUUAAGCAUUUCCACUUAUUGUUAUUCUCCUAUUUCUUUAUUAUUAUUAUUAUUAUUAUUAUUCUUCCGUACCUUUUUUGCAACUUUUCAACUCCUCCAUACUUUGUCCGAUUUCAACCGUUCAACUUUUAAACUAUUCCUCUCCUUCAGGAAUAGUGCGGAUGUAUUUUUCACUUUUCAACCCCUUAUACUUUUUGAUAUUUUUGACUUUUUGUGCAAAAAAUUUUCCCAUUGAAAUGAAUGGGGAAAUCUUCAAAUUCUGCCUUUUACUCCUCCACCUUCUCAGCCUUAUAACUUCAGCAUACUUUCACCUAGAGACCUCAUUUUUGCUUCAAAAUGUUCACAAUCUUCUCCUCCAAAUAUGCUGUAUUGACUUUUUUGUGCUAUCUCCUACAGUUUUUCCACAAUUUAGCUUUAAGCAACUUGUGGUUUUCAGCAAAUUUCAAGCUUUAUAAUGGGUGUGUAUUGGAGAGUUUAGAGUGAUGAUGUCAUCAGCUAGAGCGCAGACCUCGUCUCUGAUCGACAGAACCUCGCUCGAAUAUAUCGCUCCCACGCCCACAAAUCUCACUCCACAGCCAUAAAUAAUACAUCAAAAUGGAGGUAUAUGUGUCCUGCUUCUCACAAAAGAGGUUUCAAAUCAUUAAAUCGUACCCCUUGGCCAGCAGGUGACCAACUGUCCAAAAAAGGCGGAAAUCUCUCCCAUUGACCAUAAUGUUAUUUUUCUCCAAGAAAAUCCGGAUCAUCGCUCAGGCUCAGACUUUUUUAACUCGCUGUUGUGGCCUCAUUUUUCGAAGUACAGACAUGAAAAACACAUCAUUGUGUUCAUGAAGGACGGAGGAUUCGUACGAUGUUCUUAUUUUCAUUCUGGGACUUAAGGAAAUCACGCUAUGUGAAGAAGUUCACAGGCUGAAAUUCACUGCAGUUCAGCACCUCUCAGUCAAACAGUUGGUUAGUGAUUUGCCUUUGAUCUCACAGCUGUUUAGGAUGCAGUCAUUAACGAGACACACACACACACACACACACACACACACACAUUCUUGUACUUGUUGCUUUAUGAGGUCUACCUUGCAGUUCAGCUGCUUGUACACACAGUUAAUAUGUGUCUGCUUCACCACCUAUCUCCACCCACAAACUUUGAGCUACAGAAACCAUUCUGGGCUUGAAAAAGUAAUUGAAAAAAUACUGCUGACAUGACUACUAGUAUCACGACUUGACUUCUUAUCAUACUACUUCUAGUACUACAAUUUAAACUUAUGCCACUUCUCACCUUCCUGCCUUUUAAGGCAAUUUCCUUCUUCAUUCAAACUUUGUGCAAUUUUCGACAUUUUUCUAGCCUCUUUCAGCAUGAAUAAAAUUUCCUUUUAUAGAGCAUAUUCAUACUAUUUGUCCUUCAACCAAUUAAUCAAUUAUCCAACUUAUAUUUCUGUUCACCCCUUCAACAGCUUUAACAUUUAUACCUUUCUCCAUGUUUUAUUAGCAGUUUAGCAUUGCUUUUUCAGCUUUCAGCACUCAGCAUUUCCACGCAUUUUCUGCAAGGAAAUGCAAUUUUUCUAGUUGAGUUUGAGACAGUGAAAAUACAUAUGGUAUGUUGUACCUGAACAGGUUAGCUUACGAGCUAAAGUUACUUAGCAUAGAUGAAAGUUAAAAAAAAGACAUUUAGCAAACUGUAAAAGCACACAAACCAUCGUCAUAUGAGAAAUCCGACGCUAUGACUCGCCACAAGUUGUCCUUCAGGUCGUUAUCUUUGUAAUGUUUGUGUUUUUAUCAAAAAGCACUCUGUUCUCCGACACAUAAACAAUCACCCAGUCGGCCAUGUUGGAUAUACCGGUGAAUCUGACGUCACAACAACACGCAAUCUGAUUGGUCCAAAGUGGACACACAGUAUGCAAAACUUUAGAAAAAUCCACCAUGAAAUAAAAGCGGCAAUAUCACUGGACGGGAAAACGUCGCUGAUGUGAACACUUGUAUUGACAGGAUACGGGUUCGGAAAAAAAAUACUGACUUCCUGGUGUGAAAGGACCUUAACUGUCACAGUUGUGGUCUACCAGGACAUUCACGCAGUCGUUUUUUCAAAUCACUGCAUUACUUCACUGCUUGUGAUUUUUUUCUGUGUUAAAACAAAAUGACACAUGAGCCAGUUUGAUGUGAAAAGCUGUCCUCAAAGUGACCCUUACCCCUCUUCUUUUUGUAUUUAUACAUUUAAACAUUGCUCUGCUGAUCCACAAUCUGACUCUAACUUUGUCAAACAGAAUCACGGGAUUGACAUCGGUGACGUGUCAAAGAGGAAGAAACUCAGAGAAAAGAUGAAAUGUAAACCCUUCCAGUGGUACCUGGAUAACGUUUAUCCAAGUCUGGCACCAUGGGACAACCUUUUGGGGUACGGUUUGGUAAGAGUAAUUUUUUAAGUCAAUACUGUGUUGAUAUAUAUUUAAGAGUUUUAGAUCAGGGAGCCUGGACUACAGCCACAGCAAUUUCAGGUUUUCUGUAACCUACUUUAUGGAGCCAGAUCAGGCUCAAAAGUAUUGAAAAAGUAGUGCAAGUGAAAAAAUUAAAAGUGAAGUGAAAAAAUAAGAUUUGAACCUGAAAAAAAUAAAAUGGUACCUGAAAGUCUUGAAUUUCGAAAUUGAACUUUGAAAAAUCCCAGAAUGCAUGAAAAAAAUCUGUUCAAAUGUAACUUUGAUUCUGUUUUUUAAUACUUUUGAAUAAAUUACUUAUUUCUAUUUUUCACUUCAAUGUAUAUUUCGAUCUUUGAGUACUUUUUUUUUUCGAUUUAAUUUUAUUUAUUUAUUUCAGAUUCAGAUCUUAUUUUUACGGAUUCAAAACUUUUUUUUCGGUUUCAGAUUUUUUUUUUUCAGAUUCAGAUCUUCUUUUUUCAGAUUCAACUUGAAAAGUUUCAGGUUGACUUUUGAGCCUGUUUUUCCGUGGGGGCGGGCCUCGACUGAGAGGGGCACGGUCUGCCAUGAGUGACAGGCCUCCCCCUCCUUCCCCACCCCAUCACCCUGCGUUCAGGAAGUGGCAUGAAUACACAUUAGUUUAGCCUACGAUUAGGCUGUAUUGGCUGAAUGAGAUCGUGUUGGUUCGUUCCACUUUAGUGGUGCAAUAUAAACUGUGAUUCAUUAAAAAGCUCAAUUGAUAGUAAGUACUAAAAAAAUAUAUCUACUCAUGUCACCCUGUCCAUUUUUAGUAAUCAGUGUUUCGGUGUCGAACUAUUUCCCCUCUGCGGCGUAGUGAUACUUGCACACACGCAAUCGAAUAUGCAGGGGGUGAAGCGAUUUUUGUCACGUGGACCAAUAGGAGCCGAGUCUCGUUGCCUUAGCAUCAGAAAUACACAAACAUGGCGACGACCGCAUCUCGCAGCGAGACAAGCGAAGAGGAAGAAAAGAAAAGGAACAAAAGAAAACAGCCUUUAAACGUGCAUAAAAAGGAGCGAAACGAUGUUAUAUGCAUCUGUCCAGAGUGAAGACGUUCUCCACUUUACAAGGACACGUCGGGAAACUUACAGAACUAGUAUUAGAAAGUGGCUUUCUGUACAGGGUGAGACAAAGGACCUUGCAGAAACUUUGCGUUGAUAUCGACUUUGACAAUGUUCCUGAUGACACUGGGUUUCACAUAACAUGCUACAAGCGAUUUAUUUGCAAAAGGGGUUUGAGAAACAAGAACGUGAUGCAGCCGCGGGUCAGUCAAACCCUUAACGCAGCAUCGCCGAUGCAUCCACAUCCACGGCAUCGGAAACUCCGCGAAAGAAACUUGGCUCGAGGUUUUAGGCUGUAUUGGGACAAAGGAAAAAGUGCCUAGAAAGUGAAUUUCGUUCAAAUACGCUGGUGCUACUUGUUCAAUGCAUUUUUGCAUAGACAAUACCAUUCAUCCAUACCAUCCGCGGCUGCAUCACGUUCUUGUUUCUCAAAGCCGCGAUGCAUAAAACAUCGUUUCGCUCCUUUUUAUGCACUUUUGAAGGCUGUUUUCUUUUGUUCCUUUUCUUUUCUUCCUCUCGCUGCGAGAUGCGGUCUUUCUUCUUCUUCUUCUUCUUCUAGUUUAACGGCAGUUGGCACUCUUGUGUACGGUGCAUUACCGCCCUCUUCUGGCAAUUCUUAUGCAAAACCCCCUGUGCACCACCCUUUCCCAUCUCAUUCACUCACACUUUCAUACUCCUACUGACUAAAUCCUAUCAAUCAACCCCGUCACCCUUAAAAACUCGACUAACACUCUCACAUGUGCCCUGUCCCCCAUCUGUAAUACUCCCUUUAGUGUAAAGUCCUGCAUACCCAAUUCCCUCAACUUACUUCUCAUCUCUCCCCUUUCCAUCUCAUAUCUCCUACAACCCAUUAGUACAUGCUCCACUGACUCCUCCACCUGACAUCCCUCACAUAACCCAGUCUGGUGUUUCCCUAUCAUUUUCAGUGUUUUGUUUAAUGCGCAAUGACCCAACCUCAACCUUAUCAAUGCUGACCCUUCCUUUCUCUGUCCACUACCCAACCUCCUAACUUUAACACUUUCUUGAAUCUUAUAAAGAUGCCUUCCUCUCUUCUCACCCUCCCAUUUCUUCUGCCACAUUUGAAUAAGCUUUUCCCAUAUCAUACUCUUAACUUCCGCUUUACUUAACCUAACAUUCAGCUCCACUGAUUCCUUCCCUACCGCCUCCUUAGCCAUCACGUCUGCCUUCUCAUUUCCUUCCACCCCUAUAUGUGCUGGAACCCAUAAAAAACUGAUCUGACCCCCCUGCUGUACUAUUCUUGUUACUGACUGUAAUAUUUCAUAUAAUAAACCCUGACGGCUGCUUGAAUGGAAUGAUCUAAUGCUAGCUAAAACUGAUGCUGAAUCCGUGCAUAUAACUACCCUCUUUACUCUAACUUUUUCCACCCAUUUCAGUGCAAUCAUCACCCCCAACAUCUCCACUGUGUUUACCGCUAGACCGUCUGAUGUCCUUCUAUUGAUUUCAAUUCCUCUCGAUGGCACCACUACCCCUAAUCCUGUCACCCCCGUCUCAGGUUGUUUUGCCCCAUCCGUGUAUACCUGAACAAAUCCGCUAUAUUCUUCCCUCAGGCGCUGAUUAACUACGCUGACCAAGCUUACCUGUCCUCCCUCUUUCCUUUUCUUUCCCAUUACACUCCAAUCCACUGUUGGCCAUAUCAUUCUCCAUGGUGGCAUUGCUGGAUACACUAUUGUUAGGUCUACCUCCAUCUCCCCCACCCCAAGCUCUGCUGUUAUUCUAUUCCCCAUCCUACCAAAAUGCUCCCUCUUACCUUUCCCCUCCUCCCAACACUCCUCUAUCACUCCUUUUGUGGGGUGGGUACCACUGCUGCCCUUUAAACUAACCCAGUAGUUUGCUAUGAGAUGUUUGCGCCUCAGGCAUAGCGGCAUCUCACCCAACUCCACCUGUACUGCCGGCACUGGUGACGUCCGGAAGGCCCCACUACAGAUCCUUAAUGCACUUGUCUGGAUCGUAUCUAGCUUUCCUAAAAGGGACUUUGCUGCUGAUCCAUAAACUAUACACCCAUAAUCUAUAACUGACCUAAUCAUAGCUACAUAUACUGUUUUUAAUGCAUCACAGCUCGCCCCCCAUUCUCUGCCUGCAAGACACCUCAUCACAUUCAACACUUUCCUGCACUUACCCUCUACCCGCUUGAUAUGAUCUGCCCAGGUUAACCUCUUAUCAAAUACCACCCCCAAAUACUUAAAUGCCUCAACCCUCUCCAGUUGCCUACCAUACAUACUCAAUGACACAUCUACUCCCACCCUCUUCCCGGUAAAAAUUAUAGUUUGAGUCUUCUCUACUGAAAACCUACACCCCCAAUCUAAUCCCCACUCUGUCACCCCAUCAAUCGCUGUCUGCACCUUAGUGACUAAAUGUUUGGUGUUCCUCCCUCUCUUCCACAGUGCUCCGUCAUCUGCAAACAGUGAGCUUCCUAUAUCUGCUGGUACCUCUGAAAAAACAUCAUUAAUCAUGAUAAGAAACAAUAGUGGGCUAACUACGCUCCCCUGGGGAGUGCCGUUCCUUACUUCAUAUUUACUAGAUAUUUCUGACCCUAUUCUAACUUGAAUCUUCCUAUCAUUCAAAAAGUCCUUUACCCAAUUAAAAACUCUGCCCCCAAUCCCCAUCCCCUGCAACUUAAUCAGUAAUCCUUCCUUCCACAUCAUGUCAUAUGCCUUCUCUAUAUCAAAAAACACUACCACUACAGAUUCCUUAUUUGCCUGCGCCUUCCUCACCUCACUUUCUAGUCUCACCACUGCGUCCAUUGUGUUCCUACCUUUUCUAAAUCCGCUUUGGCAUCUCGCCAGCGUACCUCUCUUUUCAAGCACAUAUGUCAAUCUCUCUGUUACCAUUCUUUCCAUAAUUUUACAAAUGUUCGAAGUCAAAGCUAUUGGCCUGUAGCUAGAAGGAGAGCAUGGGUCCUUACCUGGCUUCCUGAUCGGUACUACCUCUGCUUCCUUCCAUACACUCGGUAGCCUUCCCUCCUCCCAUACCUUAUUAUACAAUUCUAACAUCCUGUUCAUCCCCUUUUCCCCUAAAUUUUUCAGCAUUACAUAGCUUACCUGAUCUCCCCCUGGAGCUGUAGGCUUUGCCUUCCUAACCGCUCUCACAAGCUCUGCCAUAGUAAAUCUGGUGUCUAUCUCCCCCCUGAAUCCGUCCUCCUGUCUAGAGCACCUGGAUAUCUACUCUGAGUCAUCUCUCUUCUCCUCUUCCCCUCCAUUGUCAGAUUGUCUACACUAUGCACCUUUGCAAAUGCCCUGGCUAUCAUCUCAGCCUUUUCCUUAUCAUUUACUGCUGUCUCUCCUUCCUCUGUAAUUACAGGAUAUUCCCACUCCCUCCUGUCCCCUCCCAUCUUCCUUAUCAUACCCCAUACUUCUCCUACUGGUGUUGUUCUCCCUAUACCAUUACAAAACUGUCUCCAACUCUCCCUCUUUGUGCGUCGAACUACUCUCCUCACCAAUGCUUGUGCUCUCUGAUAUUCUAACAGACUUGCCAUAGUAUGGUUUUGUUUAAUCUUUCUGAAUGCUUUAUUUCGGGCUUUCACUGCCUUGCUACACUCCUCUGACCACCAUGGAACUAACUUCCUGGUCCUCCCAUUUCUGCUCCUCGGAAUAGCUUGAGUUGCUGCUGUGAUUAUUGCUGUUGUAACACUAUUGUUGACUUCUUCCACAUCCCUGUUUGUAUCAACUACCUCCAGUAGACCCUCACUCACCUCCCUAAAUUUAUUCCACUCUGCUUUACUAUACACCCAUUUCCGGAGCCCCCUACCCGCCCCCACCUCCACUCUUCCCCCUACUGUACACAUGAUUAAAUAAUGAUCACUACCUAGCGACUUUCCUGACAACACUUCCCAUUUACUGACUCCUGCCAAACUUGCUGAUACCAAUGUAAUAUCUAUAGCUGACUCAUUUCCUGUUCUGACAUCUAUUCUAGUCCCUCUCCCAUCAUUUAAACAUACUAAUUCCCUCUCCUCCAUUAGCUCCUCAACUACCCUACCAUCUACAUCUGUGUGUUUCCCACCCCACAAAGUGUUAUGUGCAUUAAAGUCUGCGCACCAGAUAACCUUUCGUCUAUCAACCCCUUUUAUCCUAACUAACCUAUCCAAUAUUAACCUCCCCCCUGGAUUAUAGUAGUUAACUAUAACCACCGCCUCCCCUCCCUCCCACAACUCUACCACUAUAUAUUCCUGCUCUUCCCCACUUUCUAUCAACCUAUAAGAAAUACCCUGCCUAAUAAAUAUUGCGCACCCUCCUCUUGCUUCUUCUUCACUCCUAUCCCUCCUGAUUGUCAUAUACCCACUAACCUUAAAAUCUAAGCUAGGUUUCAAAAAAGUUUCCUGAACACAAACUACGUCUGGCUGUAUCUUCAUCUUCCUUAUAUAGUGUUUCAUCUCCUGUCCAUUAGCCAUCAGGCUCCUAGCAUUCCACUGCAGCACCCGAACCAUGAGCAUGAGGUGACUUUCCUACCUCCUGGCUUCGACUCUGGUUCUUAAUCUCUGCCUCUAUCUCCUCCCACUUUAGUCCUUCCAUCCCCAGAUGAUCGGCUGCUGCCUUCACAAUAUAUUGUAUAUUGGUGGUCUUAGAUGUAGACUUGCUUGUUGAGUUGAUAGCUGCCACAAUAAAUACUAUUAACUGCCUUUUGUCUAUCCCUAUCCUAUCCUGAUCUGACUGCUCUCUCCCCAACCCCCAAGUCCCCUUUCUUCCACCACCCCCUGUCUCCUCUACUCCCUGUGACCUUUCCUCCCUCUGUCUUACCAUCUUUGCUGCCUCUGCAUAACUUAUCUUAUCUAGCACCCUGAUUUUCUGAACUUCUGCCUCCCUCUUCAUAACUGGACAACCCCCAAACGUGACACUAUGUUCCCCCCCACAGCUACAGCAUCUUGGCUUGGUACCCUCCCCACAUUUCCCAUACUCAUGGUCCCCAGUGCACCUCGCACAUCUCCUGUUCUCCUUACAAUAUCUUGCAAUGUGGCCAAAUGACUGACACUUGUAACACCUCAUCGGCUUCGGUAUAAAUGCCCUCACAAAAUAGCUAAUGUACUCUAGGUAAACUUUAUCUGGGAUUACCUCUCCUUCAAAUUCUACCAACACUGUCUCGGUUGUCUUCUUUUCUGGACCCCUUGUCAUUCUUUUAACAUUGGCAAUUCCCGUGCCCCUAGCACGUAGCUUCUCCUUCAACUCCUCAUCCCCUACCUCGAUAGGAAUCCCAGUAAUCACUCCCUUACAUCUUCUCCCCUGCACUCCAACCCGCACUACCCUCACCACUCUACUCUCACCCACCUUAGUUAACUUCCUCACCAAGGCUUCCUGUACAUCACUUGAACAUUCCACAAUUAAAUUGCCGUCUCCCAAAACCCUCGCAUACUUCAGCUCUCCGCACUUCCCUGUCAGUUCCCUUGUCAGCUUAAACGGAUUCAUUUUCCCUAUCCCACCUCCCUCAGCAAACCGUAUAACCAACCUAGUUCCUUCCUCCCUGCUCUCUCCCUCAGAACUAAAACUCUCCAUGUCUUCUUCAUUCGAUGAAUUUUGACUGUUCGUUCUUGGUCUCUUUCCUUCUCUCCCCUGUCCCCCAUCCCCUUUCCCUACACUUCCAUCCUCCCUCCCGGCCCUAGAUCCCCUCCUACCCCUACCUUUCAUCCCUAUCCGCUAAGGUUAUAGAAAAGAAAGAAAUAAAGAAAGAAAGAAAUAAAGAAAGCAAGGUAACGGGCACCGGUCCGGACCUAUACAGGCCGUCGGUCGAUACCCGUCCCCGGAAACCCUAACGUUAUUUUAAUCUGACCGAUUAUCUAAUUCACCCAGCUAAAUCUCAGACGUAACUUUGCUUUAUCCUCCGAAGUACAUUCAUACACUCCAGUCACUUCAAUUCUCGCGCCCACACCGAACCACGAUGACGAUCCUCCUCUCAGCCCGCGACUGCCAUCCACGUGCUGUCCACCACGGCGUCCGGAACCGGAAACCGUCCCCAUCCGAGAUGCGGUCGUCGCCAUGUUUGUGUAUUUCUGAUGCUAAGGCAACGAGACUCGGCUCCUAUUGGUCCACGUGACAAAAAUCGCUUCACCCCCUGCAUAUUCGAUUGCGUGUGUGCAAGUAUCACUACGCCGCAGAGGGGAAAUAGUUCGACACCGAAACACUGAUUACUAAAAAUCGACAGGACGGCAUGAGUAGAUAUAUUUUUUUAGUACUUGCUAUCAAUUGAGCUUUUUAAUGAAUCACAGUUUAUAUUGCACCACUAAAGUGGAACGAACCAACACGAUCUCAUUCAGCCAAUACAGCCUAAUUGUAGGCUAAGCUAAUGUGUAUUCAUGCCACUUCCUGAACGCAGGGUGAUGGGGUGGGGAAGGAGGGGGAGGCCUGUCACUCAUGGCAGACCGCGCCCCUCUCAGUCGAGGCCCGCCCCCACGGAAAAACAGGCUCAAAAGUCAACCUGAAACUUUUCAAGUUGAAUCUGAAAAAAGAAGAUCUGAAUCUGAAAAAAAAAAAUCUGAAACCGAAAAAAAAGUUUUGAAUCCGUAAAAAUAAGAUCUGAAUCUGAAAUAAAUAAAUAAAAUUCAAUCGAAAAAAAAAGUACUCAAAGAUCGAAAUAUACAUUGAAGUGAAAAAUAGAAAUAAGUAAUUUAUUCAAAAGUAUUAAAAAACAGAAUCAAAGUUACAUUUGAACAGAUUUUUUUCAUGCAUUCUGGGAUUUUUCAAAGUUCAAUUUCGAAAUUCAAGACUUUCAGGUACCAUUUUAUUUUUUUCAGGUUCAAAUCUUAUUUUUUCACUUCACUUUUUAUUUUUUCACUUACACUACUUUUUCAAUACUUUUGAGCCUGAUCUGGCUCCAUACUACUUUAUUAAAAAGAAUUGAUAUUAUGAAAAUUGAGGAUGCAUGAAACCCAAUCAAAAUAACCCAUUAUAACCUGCCCUUUGUAGCUGAUACCUGUAAGGUUACAGAUAAAUGUUGUUACACCUUAGUAUUUUUAAGUCUGAACAUUUUCUAGUUCUUAGAGCAAUCAUUAUUGUUCACUCAAAAACUCAGAAAACCUCUUAAACUUUAAUUUGUUUGUUUCUUUUACAAUAUGCAUUCUCAGCAGUUGUACAGAAUUGAUGUCAGGAAUCUGUAUGUCUUAAGUCAAACUUCUGUCACUGACACUGUUGUGGAUCAGACAAUGAAUGUGUGUAGAGGUCACACCAAACAGGGCAUAUGCCAUUUACUUUCAUAGCAGGUGAAAUCCUUGUUCCUCUUCAGUGUAGGUGGGUUAUUAAGUGCAGUACAGUUCACAAAUGCCUGUUUAAUCUGCUCUUGCCUUCUUGAAUACCCCUGCAGGGUGCAGCUCCUGCUUGUUUUUCAAUGAUGACUUUUUAGCUUUCUUGUGUGCAAAGUGGAGGACAUUUCUCCUCCUCUCUGAGUUCUUGUUGCACAGGUUUUGCAUAUUGCAAGCAUGGUAUACUCCUUUGUAAAAGUCACAAGUAAUCACAUCGGUGCCGUUUUUUUCUUCCUUGUCAGCUUCUUGCCGAUGGGCCUAGUCUCAUCCCUGAAUAUAAUUGUGGACCAAUUACCACCAGCUUCUGUGCUGCAAUAUGUAGCCUUGAUAAAUGAUUUAACGAAACUUUAUCAGUUGUUUUUAACCUGGUAAAACAUGUUAUUUUUGUAAUGUUACUCUGUUGUCUGUGGAUAAUUCAUCUCUAAAAUACCAGCCGUAAAGUCAUGAAUCUCUUGGCAUGAUCCUGAUUGGCACAGCUGCAGAACACCCUUCUCAAGAGGUACUGUGUGGACCAAGGACCUGUUCCAGGAAGUAUACCAAUCCUGUACGAAUGCAACAAUAUGCAGCCACAGGUAAUCUCAGAGGAUAAACCAAAAAACACCCCUACUGAGAUUUUUAAAAACUUUAUACGAGAUUAGUGAAUCACACACUCUUUUUUUUUUUUCUUUUUACCAGUUUUGUUACUACAACACAGACGGGGAAAUCAUAAUCGGAGGGCUCAGAUCUCAUAAGUAUAAUAAUAACCGUUGCCUGAUUGAUCCAGGCUCUGGCAGCACUCCCUCCCUGCAGGACUGUCAGGUGGCAAAACAAAACCAGCUUCAUCAGCACUGGGACUUCAAACAAGUAAGGUCUUGACUAGAUAAACAGUCCAGUACUUUGUUUGUACUCCAGUUUAGCAAAAUGAGUUAUCUGUGAAUGCUGCAUCUUUUCAGAAACUACCAGUGGUGGACAACAUAUACAACACCAACCUUUUAUUCAAAGUAGAGAUCUUCCGGGUCAAACUCUCAAACAAGUGAAAGUUGCUCAGUCAGAUUAAUAGAGAAGUACUCAUUUUUAAAACACUAUGCGUGAGUGCAGUCAAAAUUGCCUGUUUAUCAUGUUUAUGUCCAAUUAGAAAACACGGCUCCUACACAGGAGCAAUAACACGACCAGUGAAAGCAAAGCAAAUGGAAACAUAGGGGAAUAGGAUCGGAUCCAUACCUCCUGACAAAAUUCUCAAACUUGACCUAAGAUAUAACCAUGGGUACUCUGGUGGAGAAUCGUCCUCCUUCUCUGCUGUGGUCAUCUUUUCCACCACUUGAUUAACUGAACUGUUUAUGCUCCAUGUUCAACCUUAGACACAUUUGAGACACAGGUACGGCAAUAUCACUUACACAAACCACAUGGAGAACACGGGAUGUUCAAGUACAGACACUCAAAAAUGUUCUCAAGCAAAUCUACUUAAAGCUAUAGUCUAUAAUCUGAAAACCAGUUUGGCUGUUGAGACAGAUUUUAAAAUCGCAGCCUGCCCCCCCUUCGCUCACCCCUCCCCUCCGUGUUCCAAGAAUCGGCCUCCUGGUUUUUGUGUUUGUCUUCUGCGGCUCCAUUACGCUUCCCGCAUGGGCGGCGGGAUGGUGCGGAGCAGGGGAGACAGGGGAUUGGAUGGACCCACGGACCACUCCGGGUCGGAUUGGUAGAUUGUUAUGCCUUUUUCCAGCGGAUAUACUGAAUGGAUUUUUUUUGUUCUUUUUUAUCUUUAUAUUGCGUAGAUCGGACCAUAGGACUAUAACGGCCUUAUUCCAAAUGGUAGACUUCUAGCUUUAAUUCUAGAUACUGCCAAUGGGAGGCGCAAAAUAAAUCAAUGUUAUUUAGUUGAAGCACUAAUCUGUCAACUUCUCUCUCUUGCUAAAACUUUUGCAGGGGGGAGCCAUCAGAAACAACGUGACAAACAGAUGUCUAGAGGUCGCCCAGGGUGAAAACCUUUUCUAUCAGCUUAUCAUCCAGCAGUGCAGUGGACAGAGCUGGAGGAUUGAUCAUCUUGUGACCAGUUUUUAGUUCAG